AUGCAGUGCAAUCUUGCAAAAAAACUGUCUCCAAAGCUAAAAGAUCCUAGAAGCUUUUUCAUACCUUAUCUCAUUACAAACAUGAAUAUUAUUCAGGCCCUUUGUGAUUUGGAAGCAAGAGUUAAUCUUAUGCCCUUAUCCAUUUGUCAAAAGGUAAAUAUUAGAGAGCUUAAACAAACCACCAUUUAUUUGCAAUUGACAGACAAAUCUAUGAAGUAUCCAAUAGGAAUUUUGGAGAACAUCUCCUUAAAGGUUGGUAAAUUCAUUAUAAUAGUUGACUUUGUUAUUCUAGAAAUGGAGGAGGAUGUUCAAAUUCCUAUUAUCUUGGGAACACCUUUCUUAGCAACUGCUAGAGCAAUUAUAGAUGUUAAAAAUAGACAGUUGACUCUCAAAGUGGGAGAAGAGGAAGUAGAGUUCAACGUAUUUCAUGCCAUGAAACAAAAGUCAGACAUAGAUAAGUGCUUAAGGUUUAACAUUAUUGAUGAGCUAGUUGAGGAGGAGUUCAAUAAGAGAUAUCCAGAGGAUCCUCUGGAAGCAUGUAUUGCGCGUAGCUGUACUACUAAAGAUGAAAAUAAGGAAAUUACAGUAUGUCAAUGA